AUGCAGCAACCCCUCACCUGGAAUGAGAACGCCACUCUGUUGGUUCCUCGCGGACCCGGAGAUGACACUAUCGUUCCUCUGAAGAACCAUUCGCUUUUGAUCGAGGGUAACAAAAUUACUCGUAUUGCUGCCCAGAUCGAUCCGCCACCUGAGUCAACUGAAGUUAUCGAUUGUACAGCCAAACUUAUCACACCAGGCUUUAUUGAUACGCAUCAUCAUGUCUGGCAAACGCAGGUAAAGGGCAGACAUGCCGACCAUGGUUUGCUUGAGUACAUGGCACCUGGAAACAUGGUGUCCCACAGCUACAAGCCUAAAGAUGUAUUCUGGGGCCAGCUCGGUGGAUGUCUCGAAGCUCUAGAAGCUGGAACCACCACCAUUGUCGACCACGCCCACAUCUCAUACAGCCCAGAGCACAACAGCGCAGCCUUAUCGGCGACCAUCUCAUCCGGCGUCCGCUCUAUCUACUGCUACACUCCCACGGGCCGAGUCAAGACAUGGAAACCUUUUGCCUUGGACCAGGAUCUGUUUCCGGAUUGGAUCUUUGAACAAUUAACUCAGCUUUGUGAAGGCGGCCCUUUUGGUGAUGGACGUGUCACCAUGGGCUUCGGAUUUGACUUCUACUUUCUUCCGAAGGAAGUCAUUGUUGGCAUCUUCAGCAAGGUCCGAAGCUUGGGAAUCAAGACUAUUACUUCUCACUAUGUGGGUAGUCUACUCGAGAAAUCGCUUGUAGACUUACUCGAAGCCUAUGGCCUACUGGAAAAGGAUAUCCUGCUAUCCCAUGCAACCCCACUGAACGACUCCGAUGCCGAAAAGCUCAAGAAAGUCGGAGCAGCCGUCUCAUCCACUCCAGAGACCGAACUUCAAAUGUCCCACGGUUGGCCUGUGUGUUUCCAAGAAAACGCCAAGUCCAUCGCCUCUUUGGGCAUCGACUGUCACAGCAACAACAGCGGUAGCAUCGCCUCACAAAUGAGAAUCGCAGUCCAAGCUGAACGUUCCCGUCGUAACAACAAGGUCCUCGACACGGGAAAGUUCCCCGGAAGGAUCCAGCUGAAAGUCCAGGAGGCGUUUCAGUUGGCCACUAUUCGUGGCGCCAGAGCUAUUCACAUGGAGGACCAACUUGGGUCUCUAGAAGAAGGCAAGAUUGCCGAUCUUGUUAUCUGGGAUACUCUCAGCCCUGGCAUGAUCUGCGCAGCAGAGGAAGAUCCUAUCGGCGCCAUCAUUGCUCAUUCUUCACCUUCGGAUAUCGACGCAGUGAUUGUUGAUGGUCAGUUCAAGAAGCGCGAUGGACGACUGGGAUCGAUCAAGCUUAACUUUGACUUGGCGCCAGACCUGAAGCAGGACAAGGAAGAGAUUGAAUGGCGCGAUGUUGCGCUUGAGCUCUUGAAGAGUCGAGAGCGAAUUAUUGCAGACGAGAAGGAAACUGGUCUUGACGACAGGGAAAGUGCUUACGAGAACGGACUGUCGCUAUUUGGAGUUAAGAAGGAGAAGCUGGUAUUUUGA